UCACAAAGUUCCAAUUGGAGAUAGCCAGCCCAGCACGUGUCCCCAAAUAGACCGACUUGUUGUUUGACUAGAUUUAGACUCUGCCGAUAAUUAUGGUUGCCCAGGAGUCCGAUAAAAUGAAGGCGCUCGCGCUCAAGUUGUUCGAAAUCAAUGCGUUCAAAUUCGGCGACUUCAAGAUGAAGGUGGGGAUCAAUUCGCCGGUUUACUUUGAUCUACGUGUAAUUGUCAGCUAUCCGGAUGUGAUGCAAACAGUCUCGGAUUUGCUGGUGGAGCACAUCAAGGAAGUGCCAUUGAGCGCCAAGCAUGUAUGCGGCGUGCCCUAUACGGCCCUGCCUCUGGCCACGAUCGUCUCCGUGCAGCAGGGCACGCCGAUGCUGGUGCGGCGGAAGGAGGCCAAAGCCUACGGCACCAAGAAGCUCAUCGAGGGCAUCUUCAAUGCUGGGGACACCUGUCUGAUUGUCGAGGAUGUUGUCACAUCGGGCUCAAGCAUCCUGGAGACAGUUCGUGAUCUGCAAAGCGAGGGUAUUGUGGUUACCGACGCCGUUGUGGUAGUCGAUCGAGAGCAGGGCGGCGUGGCCAACAUAGCCCAACAUGGCGUGAAGAUGCACUCCCUCUUCACGCUGUCCUUCCUGCUGAACACCCUGCAUGUGGCGGGCCGCAUCGAGAAAUCGACCGUGGACGCGGUGGCCAAGUACAUAGCCGCCGCCCAGAUUAAUAGCGAUGGCUCUUUCGUGGGUGGCGAUAAGCCCGAUGUUACCGGAGCCAAUGACUUGCAGCGCACCAAACUGACCUACGAGAGUCGCGCCAAUCUGGCCAAGAGUGCGGUGGCCAAGCGCCUUUUCAACUUGAUGGCCAGCAAGCAGACGAACCUCUGCCUGGCCGCCGAUCUGACCAAGGCCGACGACAUCCUGGACAUAGCCGACAAGUGCGGCCCCCACAUCUGCCUGCUCAAGACGCACGUGGACUUUGUUGAGGACUUUAGCGAGGGAUUCAUUACCAACCUGAAGUCACUGGCCAAGCGGCACAACUUUCUGCUCAUGGAAGAUCGCAAGUUUGCGGAUAUUGGCAAUACCGUUUCUCUGCAGUACGGCAAGGGCAUAUACAAGAUCUCCAGCUGGGCGGAUUUGGUGACAGCCCACACCCUUCCUGGUCGAAGCGUUCUUCAGGGCUUGAAGGCGGCUCUUGGCCCGGGUGAUGCCAGCAAGGAGCGUGGUGUCUUUCUCCUGGCCGAGAUGUCGGCCAGUGGCAAUCUCAUCGACGACAAGUACAAGGAGAACAGCAACAAGAUAGCCACCGAAGGUGCCGAUGUGGACUUUGUGGCUGGUGUGGUGUGUCAGUCCUCCAAGACGUUCGCCUUCCCGGGACUGCUGCAGCUAACGCCCGGAGUGAAGAUUGACGAGAGUGUGGACAAGCUGGGACAGCAGUACCAGACGCCCGAGCAUGUGAUCCAGGAGCGUGGCGCCGACAUUGGCGUGGUGGGACGCGGCAUUCUGCAGGCCUCCAAUGUAGAGCAGGCGGCCCAGACGUACCGCGAUCGCCUGUGGGCGGCCUAUAAGGAUCGCGUAGCCAAGUAAAGACAGAGGCUUCCCUUAGCAUUCCGUAUUUC